AUGCCCUCCGUCACCGAAAUCAGUCCCCGGCAGUCCUCACCCGCCAUCGUCAACAUGGACGGUCCCGCCCCACCAACGUCGCAACCCAGCGGCUACCACCUCAGUCCGCGCCACGACCCAGAGACGUUUUCGCAGUUCCUUCGCGAUGCCGAGGCCCUUGACGGCACUGUAAGCAACGCGAGUGUCUGCGGCAAGCCGCCUGUCCGUGGCCUCUAUCCCGCCCACGCGAAGCUUUUCUGCGCCGCCAUGGUCGCCGCGCUGGCCACCCUCGUCUCCGCUGUCGUGGCUGGCUCAGCUCUCGUAAUCAAUAAGGACGCCAACGACGACACAAAGCUCGGCUACGUCAUCUGGCUCACCCUUUCGAUCGUGUCGUGUAUGGGCUUUGGCGGCAUUGCAUUCAUCUUUUGGCGCCAGCGCAAGGCGCAACGGUGGGUCCAGCGGCGCCUGGCUUUCCUGGAGAUUGCAAAGUACCGGACGGAGCUCGAGAAGAAGAACACCUCUGAAGCGGCGAACCAUCCACACGACUCUCGCCCUCAAGUGCGCACUGAAGCGGACUUCGUGCUUCAGUCUCCUCCAACCACUCACGAACGCGCUGAACGCACCGAACGCGCGCAAAGCUCGUCUGCUGCUACUUCAAGCAGCAGGGCUACCGGCGAGGGCUACGAACUGCGGUAUAUCCGCUCCCACCUGAGCGACGCCUCGGAAUCUGAACAGCCGCUUCGUCCUAUCCCGCUGCCGCCGCGCACGGUUUCCAUGAAGACGUGGAGGCACUCUACUGAACCUACUCUUGUCGGCUCUCCCCAUAUUGCGCCUGAGCCUACAGUUCCACAGCCCGAGCCCGUCCAAGUGCUUACGUCCAGCACGCCUUCACUUAUACUAAACACCUCGCGCACAUCUUCCCUGCUCCCACCCGCGCGGAUCGACUCGCAGUUCUGGGAGUCACUGAAGCCGCUCCAGCCACGCGAGCACACCGAGCAGCCCGACGCUUCGACUCCGCCUCGAGACCCCAGCGCGCAUCACCAGAUCCGGCCGUCCUCGCAGACGCUGCCAGAGAGCCACAUGCCGUUGUUAGACGCGCAUGUCAACACCGAGACUGCUGGCCAGCACGACGCUUCGGAGCUCGACUUUGGGUUCAGCGCAGACAUGGAGCUCGACCCCGACGACACCGUCAUCAUCCACACCCUGCACGCCAGCUCGAGCAUCGACCCGCUUCCCGCCAACACGCCCACGUUGUUAGCGACCACACCGGGCAGCGUAGACAGCACACCGCGACGAGACUCACACAUCGAUGACAGCACCACGACCGCCACCAUCACCCUCACCAACACCAACGCCACCACGACCACUCCCUCCAAACCCAGCAAGCCCAACCUCACCACAAACGACGCAGCCGAAACCCCAGACGACGCAGCCCGCCGCAACAGCCUCACGCUCCUCCUCAACUCGCCGCACCGCCCCCUCGCCCAGCUCAGCCACUCUCUCCCCACAGAGCACGGCUCGCCCUCGCCGUUCAUCGUGUCGCUGACGCCGCCCACGCCCACGAAGCCCCGCCACCGGCGCCUGCCCGAGAUCUCGUUUCGGGAGCGACUGCAGCAGUGCCGGGACGCGAGUGCGUCUGGCGCUGGGUCUGGCAAUACAUUUAACGCCGCUGGCGGUGGAUUGGCACUUCCCCUUUCUCAUCAAGAGAGCGCGGGCGCAGGUGCGGCGUUGAGUAUGGCGGAGAUGGAGGACUUGUUCCCCUCGCGCGUGACCUCGCUGUGUGAAGAGGAGCAGGGCGAGGAUGUCAGCGUCUUGUGGAGCGGGGUUGCGUUUGGGACUGCUGGUACGCAUCCCUCGCCCGUGGCAGCGGUUGAGCUGUCGCCGUUUGAGCUGCAGGAGUAUGAGCACGAGUGCGGGCAUGGGCAUGAGCGUGAGCAUGAGCGUGAACAUGAGUACGGGCAAGAGGGCAGUGAUGAGGACAGUAUAGACGCAGAUGCGGACACAGAUGUGCGAGGGAAGGAGGACGACGGCAGCAUCAACGACAGCAGCAGCGCCCGCCCCGCCCACCGCUGGGAAGGCGUCGUGCCGUACGAGGGGACAUGA